AUGUCCGUAAAUUAUGCUGCCGGAUUAUCGCCCUACGCGGAUAAAGGUGUAUGCGGACUUCCAGAGUCAUUUGAUGGUCCCGAGGAGCUGGAUGCCAAAGUAGAAACCCUGGCUAAAAUGAUUAAAGAAUCCACAUUUUUGGUUGUUCACUCUGGGGCAGGCAUUAGUACCUCUGCCGGAAUUCCUGACUUCAGGGGUCCGAAAGGGGUCUGGACUCUGGAAGAAAAAGGUGAAAUGCCACAUUUUGACACAACAUUUGAAGAUGCCCGUCCUACGUUCACCCACAUGGCCCUGCUGGGUCUGCACAGGGCUGGCUAUCUCAAAUAUUUAAUCAGCCAAAAUGUAGAUGGGCUCCAUGUUCGAUCUGGUUUUCCAAGAGAUCAUUUGUCAGAACUUCAUGGAAACAUGUUCACUGAAGAAUGUGAAAAGUGUGGCAGGCAGUUUGUGAGGGAGAAGGUGAUCGGAAUAAUGGGUCUUAAGCCAACAGGCCGUUACUGUGAAUUUGUUCGCUCAAGAGGACUCCGAGCCUGCAGGGGGAAGCUGAUCAGCACCAUCCUGGAUUGGGAGGAUGCUCUUCCAGACGCAGACUUGAAUAAAGCGGAAGAUGCCAGCAGACGGGCUGACUUGGCACUGACUCUUGGUACGUCGAUGCAAAUUAAACCUAGUGGGGAUCUUCCUCUUCUCACCAAGCGCAAAGGUGGUAAACUCGUCAUUGUCAACCUGCAGCCUACCAAGCAUGACAAGCAUGCACACCUGCGCAUCAACGGCUAUGUGGAUGAAGUUAUGAAACGACUCAUGGAGCUACUCGGCGUUGCUAUCCCAAAGUGGGACGGGCCAACGGUGUGUGAGAUUUCAGCCGCUACGGAACCCAAAAGGGAGGUCAAGCCAGAAACGGACGCUGUUCCAGACACAGAGAAAAAGGGAACAGAAAAAAAGAUCAAACGUGAACGAAAAAGAUCGGCCGCUGUCCUAACGAAAGGUGACGAUAAGAACAGCAGUGUGUCCAUGAAAAGGGAGCGAGACCCGUCCCCAGGGAAAAACUAG